GGAGGGCGGGGCGCAAGCGCGGUUAGUCCCGCGGUGGGCGCCGGGGCGCCCGGGAUCCUACCUUCUCCUGUUGCAGGCGCGCGGUUCCCAGCGGGCCGGCGGCGGUCAGCCGAGGUCGAGACACCCGCAGGGUGGCCUUAGCGGCCGGUCGUACCGCGGCAGCCCCGCCGAUCAGGUUCCUUUGGGAGACUUCGAAUUGUUGGCGACCUGAUGGCCAAAAGAAAGGAAGAAAAUUUUUCCUCUCCUAAAAAUGCCAAAAGGCCAAGACAAGAAGAAUUGGAGGAUUUUGAUAAAGAUGGUGACGAAGACGAAUGUAAAGGUACUUCUACUUUGACUGCAGCAGAAGUUGGAAUAAUUGAGAGUAUUCACCUAAAAAACUUCAUGUGUCAUUCAAUGCUUGGACCCUUUAAGUUUGGUUCUAAUGUCAACUUUGUUGUUGGCAACAAUGGAAGUGGGAAGAGUGCAGUACUCACAGCUCUCAUAGUUGGUCUUGGUGGAAGAGCAGUUGCUACUAAUAGAGGAUCCUCUUUAAAAGGUUUUGUGAAGGAUGGACAGAACUCUGCAGAUAUCUCAAUAACAUUGAGGAACAGAGGAGAUGAUGCCUUUAAAGCCAGUGUGUAUGGUAACUCUAUACUUAUACAGCAACACAUCAGCAUAGAUGGAAGUCGAUCUUAUAAACUUAAAAGUGCAACAGGCUCUGUGGUUUCCACUAAGAAAGAAGAGCUGAUUGCAAUUCUUGAUCAUUUUAACAUCCAGGUGGAUAAUCCAGUUUCUGUUUUAACACAAGAAAUGAGCAAGCAGUUCUUACAGUCUAAAAAUGAAGGAGACAAAUACAAAUUCUUCAUGAAAGCAACGCAACUUGAACAGAUGAAGGAAGAUUAUUCAUACAUUAUGGAAACAAAAGAAAGAACAAAGGAGCAGAUACAUCAAGGGGAAGAGCGGCUUACUGAACUAAAGCGCCAGUGUGUAGAGAAAGAGGAACGUUUUCAAAGCAUUGCUGGUUUAAGUACAAUGAAGACUAAUUUAGAGUCCUUGAAACAUGAAAUGGCUUGGGCAGUGGUCAAUGAAAUUGAAAAACAGUUGAAUGCUAUCAGAGAUAAUAUCAAAAUUGGAGAAGAUCGUGCUGCUAGACUUGACAGGAAAAUGGAAGAACAGCAGGUCAGACUUAAUGAAGCAGAACAAAAGUACAAGGAUAUUCAAGACAAACUAGAAAAGAUUAGUGAAGAGACAAAUGCACGAGCACCAGAAUGUAUGGCAUUGAAAGCAGAUGUCGUUGCUAAGAAAAGGGCCUAUAAUGAAGCUGAGGUUUUAUAUAACCGAUCCUUAAAUGAAUAUAAAGCAUUAAAGAAAGAUGAUGAGCAGCUUUGUAAACGAAUUGAAGAACUGAAAAAAAGUACUGACCAAUCUUUGGAACCUGAACGGUUGGAAAGACAAAAAAAAAUAUCUUGGUUAAAAGAGAGAGUAAAGGCCUUACGAAAUCAAGAAAAUUCAGUCAAUCAAGAGAUCGAACAGUUUCAGCAAGCCAUAGAAAAGGACAAAGAAGAAUAUGGCAAAAUUAAGAGAGAAGAAUCAGAUGUGAAGCAUGCACUGAGCUACAAUCAGAGGCAACUGAAAGAAUUGAAAGAUAGUAAAACUGAUCGACUCAAAAGAUUUGGCCCUAAUGUUCCAGCUCUUCUUGAAGCCAUAGAUGAUGCUUAUAGACAAGGACUUUUUACCUAUAAACCUGUAGGCCCUUUAGGAGCUUGCAUUCAUCUUCGGGACCCGGAACUUGCUUUGGCUAUUGAAUCUUGCUUAAAAGGGCUUCUGCAGGCCUAUUGUUGCCAUAAUCAUGCUGAUGAACGUGUCCUUCAGGCACUCAUGAAAAGGUUUUAUUUACCAGGGACCUCACGGCCACAGAUAAUAGUUUCUGAGUUUCGGAAUGAGAUAUAUGAUGUAAGACACAGAGCUGCUUAUCAUCCAGAGUUUCCAACAGUUUUGACAGCUUUAGAAAUAGAUAAUGCGGUUGUGGCAAAUAGCCUAAUUGACAUGAGAGGCAUAGAGACAGUGCUACUAAUCAAAAAUAAUUCUGUAGCUCGUGCAGUAAUGCAGUCCCAAAAGCCACCCAAAAAUUGUAGAGAAGCUUUUACUGCUGAGGGUGAUCAAGUUUUUGCAGGACGUUAUUAUUCAUCUGAAAAUACAAGACCUAAGUUCCUAAGCAGAGAUGUGGAUUCUGAAAUAAGUGACUUGGAGAAUGAGGUUGAAAAUAAGAUGGCCCAGAUAUUAAAUCUUCAGCAACAUUUAUCUGACCUUGAAAAAGAUAUUAAACGCAAUGAGGAACUUCUUAAAAGGUGCCAACUACAUUAUAAAGAACUGGAGAUGAAAAUAAGAAAAAGUAAUUCUGAAAUUCGGGAACUUGAGAACAUAGAAGAACACCAGUCUGUAGAUAUUGCAACUUUGGUAAAAUACGAUGAAUUAAACCUUGCUGAUUCUGAAGUAGAUAACCAAAAACGAGGGAAACGACAUUAUGAAGAAAAACAAAAAGAACACCUGGAUACCUUAAAUAAAAAGAAACGAGAACUGGAUAUGAAAGAGAAAGAACUAGAGGAGAAAAUGUCACAAGCAAGACAGAUCUGCCCGGAGCGUAUAGAAGUAGAAAAAUCUGCAUCAAUUCUGGACAAAGAAAUUAAUCGAUUAAGGCAGAAGAUACAGGCAGAACAUGCUAGUCAUGGAGAUCGAGAGGAAAUAAUGAGGCAGUACCAAGAAGCAAGAGAGACCUAUCUUGAUCUAGAUAAUAAAGUAAGGACUUUAAAGAAGUUUAUUAAAUUAUUGGGAGAAAUCAUGGACCACAGAUUCAAAACAUAUCAACAAUUUAGAAGAAUAUCAGAUGAAUCUUUAACUUACGUGACCUUCAUUUUACUAAUAAGGAAAGUGACACUGAAGUUCCAUGAUAUGUUAGUAAUAGAUGAGAGGGUUCAGCCGGGAGAAGGAAAUAAAGCUGCCUUCAAUGACAUGAGAGCCUUGUCUGGAGGCGAACGUUCUUUCUCCACCGUGUGUUUUAUUCUUUCCCUAUGGUCCAUCGCGGAAUCUCCUUUCAGAUGCCUGGAUGAGUUUGAUGUCUACAUGGAUAUGGUUAAUAGGAGAAUUGCCAUGGACUUGAUACUGAAGAUGGCAGAUUCCCAGCGUUUUAGACAGUUUAUCUUACUUACACCUCAAAGCAUGAGUUCACUUCCAUCAAGUAAACUGAUAAGAAUUCUCCGAAUGUCUGAUCCCGAAAGAGGACAAACUACAUUGCCUUUCAGACCUGUGACUCAAGAAGAAGAAGAUGACCAAAGUUGAUUUGUAACGUAACAUGCCUUGUCCUGAUGUUGAAGGAUUUGUGAAGGGAAAAAAAUUCUGGACUCUUUGAUGUAAUAAAAUGAGACUGGAGGCAUUCUGAAAGAAACUCCUUUAUAUAUCCAACCACAAUCAAACGUAUAAAUAAGCCUAGAAAACCCACUAUAACCAGCAAUUUACUAUUACUUUAAGAAAAUCAAAAAAAAAAAGAAAAGAAAAUCAAUUUCAUAGUAUUGGUUUUAAAUCUUUUUAAGUUUUUUUAUACCAUCUAUUUUUAUAGAUUCUUUUUCAGAAAUAAAAUUUUGUACAUAUAUACAUGUACAUAUCUGUUUAGUUUGGGUUCAUUUCUAUAGCAUUUUGUAAGAAAAUAAAAGUUUGAGCACCUGAUUAUAUUUAGUUCUGCUUUUCCAGAUAUUACAUUCUAUAGUUACCAAAAAUGGAUGAAGGGAGGGAUUUCUCAUUGCAGAGGGUGGGGUGCAAGGGCAGUAAGACACUUGUACGGAGCACUGAAGCUUUGCCAAUUCUCUACACAUGCCUUUUUCUCAGUCCUUUGUCCACCCUACCAAGAGCUUGUAACCAGUAUAAGAAGUGGAUAAUAACAGUUUUUCACUCUGACCUCCAGCAUGCUUGCCUGUUUUAAAAGCCCUCAGUUUGCAGUCCUGGGACUCUUCAGGCUUGUCCUUAGCUGAGAGGACACAGGCUAGAGGGAUUGUGCAGACCAGGCUGGGAGAAGGGCUGGAAAAACUGGGAGUGGAGGGUGGAUCCUCAUGGAGCGGGAGAGUAGCUGGUGGCUCCAGGAUCCUGAGGCCAUGCAGUUGAUGGUGAGCUGACAUCAAUUCUAAGACUCAUCCUAAUUUAGGGGUGUUAAAAAGUGUGCUGCUUAGAAUGAUUAAAUAUAGUUAUUGUAAAAAAUUAUAUUUAUGAACUUUUUAUUUUAGAAAACAUGAAUUUUAUUGCUCCCCGUAUUCUUUCUUUGAUACUAGGAUUCAUGCUAAACUUUUAAAGAACAUAUUGGAUAUCAAGAAACAUUCCUUACAUUAGUAGCAAUAAAUAUUAGAAUAAAUGUUUAUGAAAUUGAACUAUUUUCAGAAAAAGGGCAGUAUAUUAAGAGCAGGGACUGUUCUCUAGUUAUUGAGGAAAACUGGAUUUUGUUUGUGUUUUUGGUGGAAGAAGAAGUUUAAGACACUUUAGUUCUUAAAUUGAGGUUUGUUGCCAAAUGAGAAGUUCACAAACUUGGGCUUUCUAAUCUGAGAAUUUCCAGGAAGAGGAAAGUGUGUGCUGAAUAUUUUAAACAUUUCUCACUGAUCAUACAAAGUCUGAUUUUUAAAUUUACAUUUAUAAUGCCUUUGUAUUAAAACUAUUUUUAACAUGUGCUUUUCCAAAUUAAAAAUGAAGUAGAGUAUACCAAAUACAUAAACUUCCAUUAGCUAAGGAACUAAUGUCUGAAUUUUGUUAUAGUUUUGAAUGUUGUGCUCUUUAAUACAGAACGGGAAACAUAAUCCUCAGGUAUCCCAGCAUCUCUUGUUGAAUUGAAGAUUAUUCAUUGCUUUGGCCUUACAAAGUUUUGGUUUCAGCUAUCAUAAAUGAAAAUAUGUUCCUUUAAUGUUCUAAGUAGUGAUAAUAUUAUUAGAAUGAAAGAAUAAAAAGAAAUUGUUCUUUUAAAACGUGUAACUUCUAAAAAGAAAACAAUUUAUAUGUA